CUGCUUGAUUUUCAUCUUGUACUGCUUAAUGUUUUCAUGUCCGAACUUGAUUUUAGAAAGACAGUAGAAUUGGCUAGCCGGAGUAGGUUACAUUUUGUUUUGGUGCAUUUUUAAAGUUAGGCUAACGGUUUAGCAACUUAAACGAUUUGUCAACGAUCCCCCGAAAACAUUAAUGCCAGUGACAUUUUCUUGCCCUUAAAACGACUAUGAAAUAGUCGCGUAUAUUUAAGAAAACCAUGAGAUUUUGGAUGUUUGACCCCUAUAGUUGACGGUGGGUGCUGCUUCCUGGACUCCGCGCUGUAAUCUUGAGGUCAAGGGGUCAUACGUGAAAGGAGAUCAGUGUUUCUGACAUUUCAAUACAUAAUUCCCAGGCUGCCUGAAAUCAGAAGUACCGAAAGGGGCGUGUGCUGGGAUUGCCAUCAUCUGAAAAUACCCGUAAAUUUUGUGAUAGGAACUUCGUUGAAACCACUCCAUACUUUCCAAGUAGCGCUCCUGAUCUUGGCGGGAAAUUAUUUAUGCGAUGUAUAUUGUCAGAAUUUUCCAUAUUUAUAAGGAUGAAAUAUAAUAAAGGUGAACAUUUGCAACAACUGCAUAGCACAUUUCGAAUGCCAUUUAGUGAUAAUUUGCUUGAACAAACAAGUGGACAAUGCAUAUAAAGAAUUUAAAAAUGUUGGAGCUAUCGGAUAUACUGGUGCCGAGGUUUUUUCACUGUUAUUAGCUUUCUAAAGUUGUUAACCUGUUAAUUUAGGAUAGAAAGGAAAUACGAAAUUAAACAACUGGCGCCAUCUUGGUUUAGGUAAGGCCUACAUGUAUGUUUAUUAUUACGUCAUUCAGGGUAUGUGACGCAGGGUUUGAAGCAAGAACUAAACCCAAUAAAUUCCGCUCAAAUUCCUUUUGCAAAAUGCUCUGCUUCUUAUCUACUUUUACCAGCAGGUAUUCUUGAAGCAGGACAGUGACUGCUUUUGUUUUUAUUGGGAGGGGGUUAGGGGCUCGCGGGUAACUGACCACUACACUGCCGUGUUGCCGGUAGUAUUUCUCGCAGAGUUUCGUGCCUUCCUUGUUUCAUGACCUCUUGUAAGCACUACAGUCAGUCCGAGACAGCUGCAAAACUGAUCGUUUCUCCGCUUUUUCUUUGUUUUUAUGUCCAAGUAAUAUGAAAGGCAAUACAAACACGAGCAGCUGCCAUUACUUCAUUUCCAGUGACCUGAGAAGCUUUGCGUUCAGUGUUCAAUUUGAUUAGCGCUAAAUUGAAUUAGUUGGGCAUGGACAUGCUGAAACGAAAGAAGAGGACAGAAAGGCAAUGGAAAGCGAAACCGCAUUAGCUCAACUUCAGUUCAAAAUAUAUAAUGCUUAUUAGCGAGGAACAUAUAAAUGUGAACGGAAGUGCGACAGAUAAAUCGGCCACGAAAAUGUAAUUCCACAAAGCCACAGUCAUAACGUACCAAUAAGAAGCAAUUUGGAAUGAAAGCAACUCCACUCGACGCCCAAUGAUGAUCAGAAAAAUUCUUAUCAUAUUUGCAGUCGCUGGAAUGGUUGCCAAUCUUUCUGGAACCUGGGCCCUGGACAUCGACUCUCCAUCCUUUUUGGAAGAUUCUUUGACUUUGGACAAUGGUGCGGCAAUCUCACUGUUUCAUGGCAAACUGAUAACAUUGCUAAACUCACUGCCAGCAAGGAGACAUUGCAGCUUUAUUUCACAGUUAUCAACAAGGUUAGGAGUUAGUAUAUCAAGAACCCAGAAACUUGUGAACAGAUUGACAAAUGGGACCGUUUCAAAGUCGAACACACGCAGUAAAACCCGGACUUGCCGCCUUUGGAAAGUGAAAGUCUCUCAGUUCAAAAAAUUGCUUCAUGGCCAACAAAAAGCGAAGAAACGAAAACCACCUUCAAAAUUACAGAGAUUUGAAAUCAUUAAAUCAGAGCUCCCAUCUUUGUAUAAUAAUUUGCCGCUCCCGUUUCAGUGUGAGGUUCUCUUCGAAGUUGGAAGGCGAAGUGCUUUUAGGCUUCUUAAAACUUCAGAUAAUUCAGUGAGUUCUGUUACAAAGAUGAAUCUUUACGAAGUUGUGAAUAUUAUCAAAAUGUCCGAGAAAGCAUUGACGACAAAGACAUCAAUUGUUAAAAAUGCGGAUCGCUGUGUGAAAGUACUUGCGGGCAAAAAUCAUCGCACUACAAACAUUGUAGUGUCAGUUGCACUUGGAAAUAAGUUCGUGGAGAAGUGGAAGCGAAGUUUUCGACCAAAAAUGCAGUGGAUCAUGGGUAAAUUUGCCAAAGACAAUGGGAUAAAGGUAGAUAACCUCCAUAAUUUAACAGCAACGCAUAAUUUGCCGUAUAGUGCUUAUUUUGCGCAUAUAUUGAAUUCUUCAUACUAUGAGGGACGAUACGAAAUACGGUUCCAUAUGCAUUUGCUGCAGACGAACUCGCGCGCUAUGGAGGCGCGUCUGGUUCUUGCAGCACUAAACUCUAUUUCAAAGGCAGACCUUAAGAAAAUCCUUGAGGUAGAUGACAUCAAGUAUUGGGCAGUUAACCACAAUAUUGGGACUGAAGUGGAGGCCAGGAGUUCAUAUAAUUUGAAGAUGCUAUUCCCGACAUAUCUUCGUCAAUAUUUCAACGGAACUUUGCAGAGGCACGAGAAAUGCCUGAUUAUUCAUCUAAUGACUCAUUACAGCAAUAGUUCAAACGAAAAAGUAACUGUGUUUCUAAAACGAAAAAGAAUUGACGUGAAAUUCCCGUGCUCAAUUGUCAACGGAGUGAUGUCUGUUGUUUUGAGCACUAAGAGAAAUCGCGAAAAUGUCAUCGCGCCGCGUAAGACAGAGCCACCGGCAGGCCAAGCAACACUACGAACGCAGGAGCUGCAUCCAUUUUGGAAUGUUGGAGCCAGAGGUAAGCACAAAAAUCGAACCACGGAGAAAGUGAAUACCUUGAAAAGGGUUGUUGUUAAUUAUCGGAAAGUGACGAUGGUCGAAAUUGUUAUGCUUGUACUGUUAGGAUCCUUGGCUGUUGUCAUCAUUAUUUUCUUCGUUACCUGCACAUUGUUUAUUGUAAAAAAGCGUCGUUUCAAAAAAGAGAUGGAAUUGUUACGAGAGUCAAACCACCUUCAGGGGUCUGGGGCUUUGACGCCAUGCUCUGACGUCAGGAGCAGCCAAGAUGAAUCGGAGGCUGAGUUCUUACAAGUGAAUGACAUUUUGCAACAGCCUUCGAGUGCAUCAAAAAGUAAUUCACAAUCAUUUAACGAGAAACAAACAACAACACCGGGGAAAUUGAUUAAUCUCAAACUAGAGCCCCUUCGGUUUUCUACUGAUGAUGAAGAAAGCAGAUGUGAUGACGAAGAAAGUGUUUCUUUUUCUCCCAGUAGAAGACACUCGGGUAGUUCGUCGUCAAUUUACCACGGAGGUCGUAGGAUGGUGCCUGCAGUACGAUACUCGAAAACAUUAGCACUAAAGCUAGCAUCAGCAGACAGUGACAAAGCAAUGCUAGAGAGAGUUCCUGAGAAGGGAACUUCGUCAUUGGGCGACGAUGAUGAUAUAAGUACGAGUAGCAACUCUUUAAAUAACUUAGUAGAAUAUAGCCACGUCAAAGAACCUUUUAUUGAGAAACAGCGUUCCCAAACAUUAGAAACGGAAAACACAAGCCACCAUUCACGUGAAAGUACACGCUCUUCGCACAAGGAUGCUGUUGCCUGUUCUAUUGAUGGUGUUUCUCAUUCGCUUGAAGGUAUCAGAAUUAAAGCGCUAAUGCAUCGAGCAAAACCGAGGAAAAGACAUGGGGUAAAAGACGAAUAUAGAACUAAAAAGCAAAAAAAUCCGACUGGAUCGAGUAGUAGGGGUGAACCAUCCCUCUGUCAAGAACAGGAUAAUACGCCUACUAACAAUUUUAAAACAGAUUUGAAGAAUGAAACUUUGGCCCCCAAAGAUGCCGAGGGAACGUCUUCUUGUCAUGACAGAAGAACAUCAACUGAUGGCGUAAAACAAACAUUGUGUCAUGAAGAAGGAGUGUCAGCUGAUGAAGUUAAACGAACUUCGCGUCAUGAAGAAGGAGUGUCAGCUGAUGAAGUUAAACGAACUUCGCGUCAUGAAGAAGGAGUGUCAGCUGAUGAAGUUAAACAAACUUCGCGUCAUGAAGAAAGAAUUUUAACUGAUGAUGAGAAACCAUCGUCGUGUUAUGAAGAAAGAGCGCCAACUAAAGACUUGAAACGACCGUCGUCUGAUUAAGGAAGCGCGUCCACUGAUGACGUGAAAAAAGCGUCGCUUCGUAAAGGAACUGUGUCAACUGAUGAUGUGAAACGAUUGACAUGUCAUGAAGGAAGUCGGUCAACUGAUGGCGUGAAACGAACGUCAUGUCAUGACGGAAGAGUGCCAACUGACGACGUGAAACGAACGUCGUGUUAUCAAGAAAGAUCAUCAAUUGGCUACGAGGAAAGAGGAUUUGAAAUUGAAGAUCACCAAUAAAAGCAAGGAACUAGUCCUUAAAUGCUUCUCAAAAAAUUCGAUCUUUUGUAUUGAGCUUUUUUGCGUUCUAUUUUUCACCACUGAAAAUAAAUCGUGAUAGUUUUGCAGUUUUCAGCAAAAGGAAUAAUUUAUUUUGAAAAAGCGAAAUAUUAGAUAUUCUGUUACAAUAGAUCAAAGUUUGGUAUCUCGAGUAUUAGUGUUUAAUACCUACAAUUAAUUAGAUUUUUAUGAUUCAAUCAAACCCAAUACUUUUCGUUUUAACACGCUUUGUAGAGCACUUAUAUUCUUUAUUCGUUAUGUUCUGCUGUACAUAAAUCAAAUCCGAAAGUGAACAA